AUGGUUGAUCAAGCAACAAUGGCCGCAUCUCCAUCUCUUGCCUGUGGAGAAAAGAAGCACCGGUGGCUUACCAAUAAAAAGACGGUGGAGAGAUAUGUGAGGGAGGCGAAAAUGUUGAUUGCAACGCAAGAGCAAAGCGAGAUUACGGCAGCUUUACGGCUUCUAGAGGCGGCGUUGGCUCUUUCGCCGCGUAUGGAGGUGGCGUUAGAGCUCAAGGCCCGGUGUUUGCUUUAUCUCAGGCGGUUUAAGGAAGUUGCCGAUAUGUUACAGGAUUACAUUCCGAGCCUGAAAAUGGUGGCUUCUGAUGAUGAAUCGUCAUCCAGGUGGUCAGAUAACUCGUCCACUCAGCUGUCGAGAGAGCGAGUCAAGCUUCUUUCUGACUCACUGGGUCGUGAUGAGCCGGUGUUUAAGUGCUUUUCUGUCUCGGAUUUGAAAAAGAAAGUCAUGGCUGGCCUCUGUAAAAAUGGCGAUAAAGAAGGGGAAUGGAGGUACUUGGUUUUGGGACAAGCCUGUUGCCAUUUAGGCUUAAUGGAGGAUGCAAUGGUGCUCCUCCAGACCGGAAAACGCCUCGCCACCGCCGCAUUCCGCCAUGAAAGCAUUUGCUGGUCGGAGGACAGCUUUUCGUUUAACAGAUUUCCGCUUUCUGGCGAUAAAAAUCAGCCCCAGUCACUUCAUAAAUCAGAGAGUGAAAGAAUUUCUCAACUACUCAGUCACAUGAAGCUUCUCAUUCGCCGCAAUACAGCCGCAAUGGCUGCCCUUGAUGCUGGGCUCUAUUCCGAAGCCAUUAGACAUUUCUCCAAAAUUGUUGAUGGCCGCCGUGGAGCCCCGCAGGGAUUCUUGGCCGAUUGCUAUAUGCAUCGAGCCUUAGCUUAUCAAUCCACGGGUCGAAUAGCAGAGGCAGUAGCGGACUGUAAUCGAACCUUAGCAUUGGAUCCCUCUCGAUUGGAGGCACUUACAAUCAGAGCGACCUUAUUUGAAACAAUAAGAUGUUUACCAGAUAGUCUUCACGACCUGGAGCACUUGAAACUAUUGUACAACUCAAUGUUGCGCGAUAGGAAAUUGCCUGGACCGGCAUGGAAGCGUCAAAAUGUUCAGUACAGGGAAAUUCCAGGGAAGUUGUGUUCUUUAGCCGCGAAAAUCCAACAAUUGAAGCAAAGGGUCGCAGCUGGUGAAACUGGGAAUGUAGAUUAUUAUGCAUUAAUUGGUUUAAGAAGGGGUUGUUCGAGAUCAGAAUUGGAACGAGCACAUUUGUUGUUGAACCUAAGACACAAGCCUGAUAAGUCAUUGAGUUUCAUUGAACGAUGUGAGUUGACCGAUGAGGGGGAUAUCGAUUCAGUUAGGGAUCGAGCUAAAAUAUCAGCAUUGCUGCUGUAUAGAUUGAUUCAGAGGGCUUAUACAAGUGUAAUGUCAACCAUUUUGGAUGAACAAGCGUGUGAGAAGGAAAGAAAGAAGGCUGCGGCUGCCUUGCAAGUGGCACAGGCUGUCAUGCAAUCUCAACACGCUCUCGAGCAAUCCUCCUCUGCAGCCGUUCCAAAGGCCACCCCUAAUCUGCAUAAGUGUAGUAGUAACAAUCGGGUUGAAAACAAGGCCACCAUAACAACUCCACCACCAUCAGUGUUUCAAGGUGGGUUUUGCAGAGACCUAUCAAUUGUCGGGAAUCUGCUUUCUCAGACCGGGAUUAGUCGUCCAAUUUCAGUAAAAUACGAGGCCUUGAGCUGUUAA